AUGCUGUCAACACCAGCGCGACAGCGCUCAACGGCACAGUCCCGCCCGCCACCCAGCGCGCGCGGAUCGCGCACCCCACGAACAAGCACCAUUCCCGACUUGCCCCCAUACGAGGCCCCAGAGGCACCCCUCACAGCCGAGUGCCAACGACAACUCAAUUCACUGCUACAAUCUAAACAACUGCAUGAUGUGAAGACUCAUAUUCAAAAUGCCGCCGACAGACUCACCGAUUCUGUAGGCGAGGUCAACGAACGACUUUGCGAUGCCCGUAACCGAUACGAGACCAAUAAAGAGCGAAAACGAAGUGCCAACGAGGAAAUCGAAAGUGACGAUGAAGAUGAGGAACUUCAGCUUCUAGCUGAGAAAGAAAGACAAGUUGACGAUGUCACUGGGCGGAUGGAGGUCCAGAUGCGACAGAUCAUUGACUCCGAAAACCGCCUUUCCGAAUUGACGGAAUCCGUGCGAUCCAUUGAGAGGGAGGAGGCGGAGGCUCAGACUGCUGCACUUGGGGUGCGCCAGACGCGAGGCCAGCGACGGAUGCGACGACAACAACGGGAUGGUGACGAGGAGGGCGAGGAUGAUUUAGAAGACGAGGACUACGAAGGGACGCCUGAGCGCGAGAUCCGGGAACGCAAUGCGCAGAACCCGCCUAGCCGAAGACUGGAGGAUAAACUGGUGAAUGGAGCACAGGAAUGGGACGGCCUGUCGCUAACCGAGCGGUACGCCAGAAACAACAAUUAUAUCGGAUUCUACCGUAUGGUACAUGAUUCCAAGUUCCCCGGCGACGAGGUACCGCCAAUGCCGUCUUCUUCGACCUGGUUUUCGCAUCUGGAAGAUACAAAUGGCGAGAAUGGACCCUCAGAUGGCAAUUUGUCGCGUCAGAAUAUGCGCACACGAAAUCGCCGUGAACCAUCCCCUGCCGACUCGGACGAAAUUGCAAUUCAGCGCGAGCGCAUAUCUCUGAAAUGCCCACUUACCCUGCUGCCGUUCCAAGACCCAGUGACGAGCACAAAAUGCCCGCACAGUUUCGAGCGUGAAGCUAUUACUGAUAUGAUUGCGCGCAGUACACGAUACGCACCGGAUGCCAGUCGACCGGGCCGUCGUCUCCGCGCGGUGAAGUGUCCUGUGUGCUCGAUUCUCCUCACUAACGAGGAUCUUCGGACCGACCCGGUGUUGCUACGCAAGGUCCGACGAGCGGAAGAGUUGGAGAAGCGCGAGGCAGAUGAUGAUGAUGAGAUGGGAGAGUCUGGACGAGAAGGUGGUGCUAAUGAGGUGACAUUGGGAAGUGAUGCCGAGUCGUCGGACGAGGAUGGCGAUGCGAUGGAGGUGGAUGGGGAUUCUGAGUCAGACCGGACUCGGAUCAAAUCUGAGCCCGCCGCGCGCAUUAAGCGGGAGGGUACAAUGAUUCCACAUGCGAGCCAGCAGGUUGAGGCGAUUUCAAGCGAUGAUUCUGAGUGA